AUGAUAUUUCGGGUGUCUUUGUUGAGGCAAUUUGCAAGUGGGCGCAUCCUUCUGGCAAAGUUGCCACAAGCCCCUACAACCGAUGCUCUGAUUAUUGUCCGUGAAAUAUACCGAAAUGGUCAUGACCUUGCGAUUCGCUUUACCCCUUCGCCGGUUCUUUUAUCCUCCCUGCAGGAAGGAACCGGGUUGGGGCCUCAUUGGAAAACGCCGAAGGACCACCUACCACCACACACAAAGGGAGUCCAUAACAUUCAGGAGGUCGUCCGUCCACCCUUUUCCAACUUAUGGAGUAGCCCCUAUCGGGGGAAGGAGGGGGCCCUGGCACUCCUGCCCGAGACACCUCCGCUUCGCAGUCAGGGCGGGUCAUAUUUGGACAACGACAAGAGGGGGGUGGGAACGGUGGACUCCGCGUGGUGUAGCUGCGCAGCACUUUUAUACCCUUUAGUACCUGAGAACGCCACCUCUGUUGGGGUCUACAAUGGACACGAAAGAACUAGGGAAGAGGCACAGGUUCUCGAUGCCUUUGUUUUGGGUCUUAAGCUCAGCGGUACCGAGGAUAUCUUACGAGGCGUUAUCGGGGAGCAUUCUUAUGCCCAGCUGGUGAGUCCUGUUCUCGCCUUCCAGGCCCAAGUUGUCUCUUUGUUCGCGGACCACCGGGAUCUCGUCCCAUAUUCUCUUUCCAGAGAUCCCUCAAACCAAUCAGGGCUGUCUGAAGCCUACGCACACGUCUGGCUCGCGCAUACCUUGUUAAGCGCGGAUGAGGAAAAUCGAGUGAAGUGGAUGUGUGAGGAGAUGGACGACAGCAGCGCAUGUUAUGCUCGUUCCCCCACGCUUCGAAGUCUUUUGGUGUUGUGGUAUGUCGCGUCGUCAUCCUCGACGGUUGGGGGGGAAGUCGCGGAUGGUUUACGACCGAGCUGCUGUCCUUCAGCUUCGGACGUCGCGCAGGCCUGUCAACGCAUGAGGGAUCGAUAUGCGGAGAUGACGGUAUGCGAUCUGGUGGCCUUGGGAAUGUUCGGCGCCGUGGACUCAAAGGUGCGGGAAGAGGUUCUGGCAAACUUCAUCGAAAGGUUGCACCCAAGUCAGGUUGCUCCCCCGUCUGUGGACACUCGUAGUAACACCUCUCCCAAAAAUGACCUAGAGCGUAUCAUAGUAGUGUUAUUUCUUCUCAAGUACAUGGGGAAGCAGAGUGGAGUAGGCCGUGUCGGCACCUCCAUGAUGUCGGCACUGGAUGAUGAGAAGAAUAGCAGUGAGGUUCUAUUUUCAUUGCUCGACAUAGCCACACAAAUAUCCGCAUACAAAGAAGAACUUACUGGAAAGUGGAACCACCAUGGUAAUAAUCAGUCGUUGACAACCGAGAAUGAUCCUUCUUCUUCCGUGCAUCCAUCCAUGACGCGUGAUACGAACUCUGAGAAGAAUGUGAGUGAUAACUAUCAAAAGACUUUAAUAUGUAUUAUGGACUACUUUUUGAGCCGUAUCAAAUUGGCGAUGUCGCAGUGCGAUAUUCCGAGUACCAGUACUCAUCUAUACAGCGUGACCCUCUGGUUGCUGAGGGAAUUGCCUCGCAGCGAUGCGUGUUAUCGACAUUUCCGGCGCGUGGUUGAGCAUUCUCAGGCAGAUGCCAUUCUUCUGCUCGAAAAGGCCGGUCUUCUUGACAAGUCAACGCUUAACCUUCAGUCGGUAGUGGAGGUGCUGUUGUCUUUGCUAGAGCACUGCGAAAGGGAGGACCUUGUGAACACGGUAAUGCAGGAGGUCAUCAUCUCGCUCGAGCAUCGUCUACGGCACGACCCAACCUCCUUCACACAGGAUGACAUGAAGUGGCUUUCCAUGCUCGGCACGAGCCUGUUCACGAAGGAUGAGAACGAGGCGGUGAUUGGCUCCAGCUUUAUGGACAGAGGGAUCCGCGAGCAAAUGGAGGAGUUGAAUGUGAUGGAUGGCAGCCCCUGGGCGUUGUGUGUGGCGACGUAUCGCUCACUAAAAGAGAUCGUCCGGGCUCUCACGCAUGAUCAGCGAAGCCUGCGGCGGCAGGUCCAGGAACAGAUGCGGGUCAUUGCUAAAGCAGCGGGUAGGCCUCAGGCGACGCCGACGCAGCUGAUUACUUCUCAGACUCAAAAGUCUAGACAUAAUUCCGCAGACUUUUCAUCAUCGUCGUCCGUAGCGAAGGAAAAGCAAAUUAUUCAAAACGAAGAGGGCUGUGGCGACGCUAGUGAUCAUGAUAAAGAUAAUGACGCGCCCAAACAGCGGGUCCUGGAUAUUUCCUCCAGCGUCCGCCAUCGUUUUCUGCACUUUCUUGAGAAGCUUGUCAAGACCCUCGUUUAUGUGCGCUCGGGCAGCACAGGGCAGCCUAUCGUCGUCAGCUCUGAGAUGUUUGACUUCGUCAAUCAAAACGUACCAGUCCCGAACAUUCAGGACGAAUAUCGGCGCAAAAUUUUCCUUCUGAUGAAUGUUACCGUUGACGGGAAAACAAUGCGGGAACGCGAACUAAAAUACAAACAGAGUGUAGGAAAGAAAAAGAAGGCGAAAUCACCUCCCGAGCAUGCGGAGAGUGAGGAUGGUGAGCCCACAGAGGUAAUUCCAGUUGAAUUACGCUUUCUUGUGAAUUCCUUGCCCCUAGUUCUUUCCCCGUGGGCUAGCGUAAUGGUGCUACGGGAUGUCCUCGCGGAAUCACCUGGAGGGAAUCCACGCUAUACCUAUGUCUUGAACGCUGCCAUUGAUCUUCAGCUGCCAAUCUCAACGACGCGCUCGCGGAUAGCGACUACGCUGAAUAUGUGGCGUUUUCUCAACACCCAAACCCACAAGCUUUCCCUGAAAGAGAGCGUUAUGGUGAGGCAGCGCUGUGUGCUGAACUUGCCACUUUCCUAUAUUUUGUCCUCCUACUGGUCCCUCUUAACGUGGUUGGUGCUGACGAGUCUUGUGGUGCUCAACAUUGUUGGCCUUGAUGUGGAAUCACAGCUGGUUGUUAAUAAGCUUUUCCAGGAGUUUUCUCCAUGGGAUGAGAUCGUGAUGAGGGAGUCGGACCCACUCUAUGAGGAGGCCGCCACAGAUACCGUCUCGGAGUAUGUAAAUUCGUUUAUGCCUCAUCACACGCUGAAAAGUUCGGUAUCAUUGUUAUCCUCUGAUAAGAUUCUUUCCUCAGCCUCCUAUCUCUUUCUGGGCUCGCCUGAUCAGUGGCGCCCGAUGACGAUUAUGCCGAUUGGCAGCGAUCCUAGGGCAAAGAAUGAGGCGCGAGCGAGUGAGGAAUAUGCAUGUGUGAUGGCACUUCUGAAGAAGAUGUCAUCUUCCGUGGUGUUUCCAUUCUACGUUGAUCUACCGCGCAUGAUGCCCGUAAAAUACGUUGAGGCGCAGGUCGCGGAGCGUAUUCGGCGAGUAUCGCUUACAAACACAUGGUUUUUGCUCCGCACGCUAAUUCGGACCUUUCCGUUGGGCCGUGAGCAGAUAGAGCGGACGUUGAUCUCACACACCUGUGCGCAGGCCAAUCUCAUCCAGCGGCGGAUCACUUUUUUGAUGUAUGUUCAGGAUGGGGUGCCCAUCACAGAGCAAUUUUUGGUGGGUUUGAGGGGUAGUCUUCUUUCGCACAACGCUAAUUUGGUGGUGGUGGUGCACGAAUCGAGCUUGCUUAAGGGCGGGGUUACCCCGGAGCGGCUUCACGCCUUAACUGGGGAUGCGAACGUAGAUGUGGAUAUGCACAAAGAAAAAGAAAGCCACGUUGGUAAUGGGUUUGAAAGGAAGAAGAAGGGGCUGCAGGUGCUCCCUUGCUCUCGACAGCUUCAUAAACUACGAGGUGGGGCGCUCCGCGGUGGGAGAAAUAAAAACGCCAACCUUUCCUUAUUCGCCACGCAGUUUGGCCUCAAGAUCCGACAAGCUGAUUCGCUUGCCCGCGUUGAGCGCAAGACGGAUGACCUUCAAACCGGCAUGGUGGUGGAAACGUUUUGGCAAAGGGCAAGUAUAGAAGCCAAACGAAUGAUAGAUUUAUUCAGGGAAAGCAGCCUUGGGCAUGCAGUGUUGGUCUCUCGUGAUGAGAACAUUAUAGAAGAGUAUAAAUCGGAGUGUACCCCUGUAAAAACAGACCCUACUUCACAGUUGUGUGUACUGAGGUACUUGACUUUGACUAAGCAUCUAGCGUGGCUUAUCUUCCACUGGGUCCUUGCCCGAUGGAGAGAGUAUCUUAAACAGAUCCAAAAGCCAUUGUUUCUCGUACCUCAAAAUCGGUUAUUCUUAUAUAAUGGUUCCAUAAAAUCUAUGAAAAGAAUGUGGUGCUCUUCACUUAGUUAUCCUUAA